UUUUCCUCUCUCGACCACCCCUCCAUUGUUGCGCCGCAGCAGUUCGGCCUUUUAGGCGUUGCCACCGUAGGCUUCACUUGUUCGCCGCUGAUUCCAUAGGCAGUUUUGUGGAAAAUGAAGAAAGGAUUGCACCCUCAGAUGCAAUGGAUAUCUUAUGUGACCCAGAGUGGUCGAUUGGUGAAUGUUAUGAUGACAAAAAUACACAGUGUUGGUAAAGUUUAUCACUUAAGGGCGAAACGCCAAAUGGCUGCAAGUGUAGGACAGAUUGCUAAGUUUAACCGUCGUUAUGGGCUGGAGAAGCCUGAGGACUCAGAGAACUCAGAGAAAAAUGAAAAAUGAAAAAUGAAUUAUGAAUGGUAAUGAAGAUUGGGUAUCUGUAGUUAGAUUUAAAUAUCUAUGUUGUGGAAUAAGCAUGAGUGUCAUUAGUGAAGUGAAGCACAUUUGUUUUGCGUUUUACAAGCACUUGAAUUUUAGAACAUUCCUAUUUUGAUAAAA